AUGGACUCUUCCAAGGUUAUCAACAUUAUAUUAGCUCUCUUCCUACCUCCUGUCUCCGUCUAUCUAGUUAAGGGAUGGGGUACCGCCUGUAUAGUGGACAUUGUCCUAACUAUCUGUGCUUUCUUCCCAGGUAUGCUAUACGCGCUAUACAUCGUUUUGCAAGAGGAUUAA